CAAAAACAAAUGAAGAAAAUAAAAAUAACCCCACUUAAUCACCACCACCAACAAAUAUACAUUUUCAAAGUAAUAUGGUCGUUCCCUUAAAAAAAUAGAUAUUUACAUUAAAGAUUCUACGACUUUAUAUAAUAAAUGUAUAUGAUUAUUUUUGAUUUUUUUUGUAGAUAUGCAAAGAAUCUUUGUAAUGAAACCAUUCGCCAAACCAGUCGAUUUUCGAGAAAAAUGCAGUGGCAGAAGGAGGGUAAACUGACCAUACCUGAGUUUAAGGGAUUCCUUGCCGUUUUUUAUAACAUGGGCUUAAUUAGGAAAGUAUCAUUUGAAGAAUAUUGGAAUAAGCACAGUCCAUCUCAGUCUACACCCUGGUUCCGUUGUAUGUUUAGUCGAAACCGAUUCCAAAACAUCUUAAAUUUUUUGCACCUGGUGGACACCAAAAAACUCCCUAAGCGUAAUGAUCCAACUUACAAACCAUCUCAAAGGUUUAAACCGUUACUUGAUUUCGUUAACAGGAAAUUUUUACGGUAUUAUAAUCCCCGCAGAGAACUUGCUGUAGAUGAAUCCCUUGUUGGUACAAAAGGAAAGACAAGUAUGUUACAGUAUAUACCAAGUAAACGUUCAAGGUUUGGCGUUAAAUUCUGGAUGUUGGUCGAGUCCGUCACCGGGUAUGUUUUACAGAUGGAUGUAUAUCACGGGAAACGUUUUGAUCCCACUCCUGCUGGAACAUUACAAGGAACAAAUGUAGUAAUAAAUUUAAUGAAGAAUUCGCAUCUUCUUGGGAAAGGCUUUCAUGUUUUCGCCGAUAGCUUUUUUGCUUCACUUAAUUUAGCUAACAAAUUAUUGAAAGAGCGUACGUAUCUCACAGGCACAAUGAGAACUAAUAGACCUAUGCCACAGAUGAUAAAAAAUGCACGUCCGCAGGCAGGGAAUGCUGUUUACGCUAGACAAAGACAAAUCAUGCUUUGUCGUUUCCGCGACCACAACAGAAAAAACCCCGUCACAUUGGUGUCUACUUACUACAAUGCUAUUGAUACACUAAACGGUAAACCUAGGAUCAUAGGCGCGUAUAAUACAUUUAUGGGCGGUGUCGACCUUAGCGACCAAUUGAUUGGCGCAUAUAAUGAUCACAGGAAAUGCAGUAAAGUAUGGAAAAAAAUUAUAUAUCACAUAUUUCACCGCAUUAUGUUAAACGCGUAUAUCCUAUACAGUCAUAACACCUCAUUACCGCUGAACACACCUAAAGCUAGUACAUCCUAA